AUGCCUGAAAAGCUCUAUGUCACAUACAACCAGGUACACAAGCUGUGUCAAAAGUCCGCCGAUGAAAUCCUUGAGCAAGUGCGUCCUAAUCUCAUGAUCGCAAUCGGCGGUGGUGGUUACGUACCUGCUCGAAUCCUUCGAUCAUUCUUGAAACGCCCUGGUGAACGAAAUAUCCCCAUCCAAGCCAUCGGCCUCUCGCUCUACGAGGAUCUCGGCCGCGACGAUCCCGAAGAAGUCCCUGGCACCAAGGUUACGCGCACACAAUGGUUGGACUUGAGUUCGUUGGAGAUGGCCAAUCUGAUUGGCAAGAACGUGUUGAUCGUCGACGAGGUGGACGAUACCCGUACCACACUUGAAUAUGCCGUCCGCGAACUGGAGAAGGAUGUCGAGCUUGCGCAGAAGAGUUUGGGUCGGGAGGGUGAAAAGACUACUUUUUCUAUAUUUGUUUUGCACAACAAGGACAAGGCGAAGAAAGGAAAGCUGCCCGAGGACAUGAUUACCGCUGGCCGGUAUCAUGCCGCUGUUACAACUGGUGAUGUUUGGAUUUGCUACCCAUGGGAGGCUAAGGACAUUGACGAGCACGACGAGCUGGCCAAGAAGAACCCUCUCAUCUAA